CGGCGCCUGGCGUCAGCCAGCUUUGUGACCCCGUCACAAAGCUGGCUGACGCCAGACCCUCUGGGGACUCCGUGCGCGCGCCAGCGCCUGCCUGAGCGGAGUACAGUCCAGCUCAGGGCCGUGGGCGCCUGCGCAAAAGGUCGUGGCUACCCGCUCCGCCCCUUCCGAGACCCGCGCCGGCGCAGUCGGACCAGACCGAGCUGCGCCUGCGCGGUCCGAGUCCCUGAUAGUGGCGGCGGCAAUGGAGCCUGCGGCGCCUCCGAACGAGCUGGUGUCCGCGGAGGGCCGGAACCGGAAAGCGGUGCUGUGCCAGCGUUGCGGCUCGCGCGUAUUGCAGCCAGGGACCGCACUCUUCUCCCGCCGACAGCCCAUUGUCUGUGCGGAACCCUCCUCAUUCCGGAUGCGCCCCCGCAGUAAUCCUGGGCAUCGCAGCCAGAGGCCAAGACGCUGCUGCUCAGAUCACCUCUUCCUUCCAUCCAUGAGAAAGAAGCCCGCCCUGGCCGACGGCGGCAGUCCCGAUGGCGACCUCCUGCAGGAGCAUUGGCUGGUGGACGACAUGUUCACCUUCGAGAAUGUUGGCUUCACCAAGGACGUGGGCAACGUCAAGUUCCUGGUCUGUGCAGACUGUGAAAUCGGGCCCAUCGGCUGGCAUUGCCUAGAUGACAAGAACAGUUUCUACGUGGCCUUGGAACGCGUUUCCCAUGAGUAGCGGAGAGGAGGGGGCUCAGCCCCUCCUAGUGUGAGAGCUGCUUGUCACCAGAGCCAGUGUUGGCUGGUGGGACAGUCCUGCUGCUACUUCUCUAUCCCAAUUACAGUGUUGCGCGUCCAGGCGGACGUGCAGAGGCUAACGCUCUGCCCGCUUCCUCGGCCUCGCUCACUUUACGUCACAGUGUCCCUGAGCGCCCCUUCCCGCGGUUCCGGACCAGGGCGUUUCUCAGGUGUCCUGUCCUCCCUGUGCCCUGCUAGGCUCUCCUUGGCCCCAGAGCUCCCUGGCUUCCUGUUCUAGAAGAGCAGGCAGUCAUCAGCCUUUUAGCCAGGAUAACACAUGACAGAGAUGCUCUCAGAGUUUAGCAUUUACAAGCUUUUGUAUUUAAACCAUGAAUCAGGAACACUUUGAACACACCUCCCAUACCAGGUGUGAGGGUUCUGCUCUGGGCUGAUGGGGCUGUUUGCCAGGCUUCCGGAGCUGCAGGGGAGGAGGGACACAUACAGGAGGGACAGGCACUUGCAGGACACUCAGGCGUUUGUGGGUUUGCCUUCUCUGCACACGUUCGUGCUUCCUUUGCUGUUGGUAGAGACUUCCUCGGUGGAUGCUGUUGUCAGCUACUGAACCCGCUAGGCCUGCUUCUCACAGAGUAUUGGUCCUUUGGAAUCUCUCUGCCAGCCCUGAACAGAUGUUCCUUCAGCUGUGGGGCCGCUGAAGGGGCCGGAGUGGGCAGUAUUGCAAACUUCUCUGACUUUACUGGGACUUUCUGCUGUUCUGUCCUUUCUCUUCUGGAAUGAAUUACCUCGAGUGGUCUGCGUGAGCAGGUUCUGGUGUCCCCUCAUCACCCACCUCAGAUCCAGGAGACCUGUACCUGCCACCAGACACACUAGCGACCUGGCUUGCUGUGGCCCUGCUCCCCACGGCCCCCCACCAACAUGCGGGCCUGGGGCUGGGCUUUGCAACCAGCCUAUGCCCUCCCUGCCCAGUCAGAGCUCCAGGGGCUCCUGCGCAAAGGAGAGACCUGUUCUAGACCAGCAGCCCUGUGGCUAAGACUUGGCAUCUGCAGAACAGCUGUGGAAACUGUCCACUCGGGUCGGAAGGCACAAAGCCACGCAGAUGCCUCCGGGGGUGACGGGCCCAUCUGGGCACAGCCAGACCCAGGCCAGACUCUCCUAAAACAAGGCUUUGGCUUCUUACAUGGGAAGUAGUACACAUUUGUUGCAGGUAAAUACAAAAAUGGAUAUAAACAUUUUUAAUCCCUCAUAUUUGCACCAUCCAGAGGUUGCCAAUAGUAAUGUGGUAUAAGUCUUUAACGCUCUUCUACAUGUGUGUACACGUGGUUUUGUGAAGCAAAUACGGGCCCGUGCUGUCCUCAUACAGCACUCCUGUCCGUGGCGUCAGUGUUCUGCUGUGUUCCUCUGCACAUGUGAACAGUCCAACUGCUGCCACCCCCGGGUCCUUAGAAGCAGUGGCCGUGGCGUGCAGCUGUGGCCUGUCCUCGUGGUCCGUCACUAGGAGUUGGGGUGCAGGGGGUACGUGUGUCCACGCCCCUUAGAAACAGCCUCCCGCCUCAGAGCACUCGCUGCUCUGAGCUUUCCCUGCCCUGGGUGUCGUGGUUAAAGAACAUUUGCCACUUUAAUAGGGAAAACAAAUGGUGUCUCCUUGCUUCGAUUUGCAUUUGUUAUUUCUAAUGAAAUUUUAUAUACUUUCUGA